CAUAAUCACACCAGUAUAUAACACUCCAUAGAGUCUAGUGAUCAAACAUAUCACAAGCUUUGCUUUUCUUUGCUUUGCUUUCAAUCCUCUUUUGUUUCAAGCCAUGGAUCCAACUAAGCAUGUUCCAUCAAGUGCUCAUAACACACCCUUUAUGACCACUAAUGCUGGUGCUCCUGUUUGGAAUGAUAACGUUGCCCUCACAGUUGGACCCAGAGGGCCAAUUCUUUUGGAGGACUACCACUUGUUAGAAAAGAUAGCUCACUUUGCAAGAGAACGUAUCCCUGAACGUGUAGUUCAUGCAAGAGGAGCCAGUGCCAAAGGCUUCUUUGAAUGCACCCAUGAUGUUACUCACCUCACCUGUGCCGACUUCCUCCGUGCUCCCGGUGUUCAGACUCCGGUCAUUGUCCGCUUCUCCACCGUCAUCCAUGAACGUGGCAGCCCGGAGACUAUCCGUGAUCCCCGUGGCUUCGCCACCAAAUUUUACACCAGAGAGGGCAACUGGGAUCUGCUGGGGAACAAUUUUCCGGUGUUUUUCAUCAGAGAUGGCAUCCAAUUCCCUGAUGUGAUUCAUGCAUUCAAACCGAACCCGAAAUCACAUAUCCAAGAAUACUGGAGAGUGUUCGACUUCUUGUCUCACCUGCCGGAGAGUUUGCACACAUUCUUCUUCCUUUUUGACGAUGUCGGUGUGCCGUCUGACUACCGUCACAUGGAAGGUUUUCGGUGUGAAUACAUACACAUUUUGUGAACAAAGCAGGGAAGACGAAACUAUGUGAAGUUUCACUGGAAACCGACAUGUGGAAUGAAAUGUUUGCUGGAAGAUGAGGCCAUUACUGUUGGUGGAAAGAACCACAGCCAUGCGACGCAGGAUCUGUAUGACUCGAUUGCUGCCGGGAAUUAUCCUGAGUGGAGGUUUUAUGUUCAGGUGAUGGAUCCUGAUCAGGAGGAUCAGUAUGACUUUGAUCCACUUGAUGAUACAAAGACAUGGCCGGAGGAUAUACUGCCGUUGCAACCAGUGGGGAGGAUGGUGCUUAACAGGAACAUUGAUAACUUUUUUGCUGAGAAUGAGCAGUUGGCAUUUGGUCCAGGACUGGUAGUGCCAGGGAUUUACUACUCUGAUGAUAAGAUGCUUCAGUGUAGAACCUUUGCUUAUGCAGAUACUCAGAGAUAUAGGCUUGGUCCUAAUUACUUGACACUGCCUGUUAAUGCUCCCAAGUGUGCAUUUCAUAACAAUCAGUAUGAUGGUGCUAUGAACAUUGUGCAGAGGAAUGAGGAGGUGGAUUACUUCCCUUCGAGGCAUACGACUGUUCGACAUGCUGAGCGGUUUCCGAUCCCGAACCGUAUUAUCACUGGCAGAAGGGAGAAGACGGAAAUUCCGAAGCCGAAUGAUUUCCAGCAGCCUGGAGAGCGAUACCGUUCUUGGGCUCCUGACAGGCAAGAACGAUUUGUUCGCCGUUGGGCUGAAGCAUUAGCACAUCCAAAGGUUAGCUAUGAACUCCGGAACAUCUGGGUUACAUACCUUUCCAAGUGUGAUAGAUCUCUGGGUGAUAAGGUUGGCAAUCGUCUGAACAUCAAGCCCAGGAUCUGAUGAGAAGGAUAUAGCAAUGUUGCUGUGUACGCAGAAAUGAGUUUGAGUUAAGCAGUCCCACAUCAGAAAUAAGAUUGCUUGAUGAAGUGGUCAUUAUAUUGUAGAUGUGGUGGUUAAUGUAAUGAUCUAUGAAGUUGAACUAAGUUUUACUUUGUAUAAUUCAGACUACUAAUUUAGUCUUGCUGCA